UGAGGAAGGCGAGUCGCGAGAUCGUAAACAACAUGGCGCGUCACGAACCUAGAGAGUCUUAAAACCUACUCUGGGAAGCAAAAGCGUUUAGCUUACUGAACUCACACCUUUACAAGGUUCAGUUUUGAUUUGAAUGUUUGGUGGUUAUUUACCGAGGUCUGCAGGAAGACACAAACGGAGCAGAAGAGCUGUCAAAGCGCUGUUACCAAUUAACUGACUAUCAGUCUAUGGGCUCUAAGUCCAGUUCUGGGAUGUCCGGUCGAGGCUCUGGCAACAAUCCAGACCAGUCCGAACCAGAACCUAACCAGAAUUCCGAUCAGACGGGUCACACACAAGCCGAGAGGCAGUCAGGAUCGGAAGAGAACGUUGACUUGGCACAAGUUCUGGCGUACCUACUGCGGAGGGGCCAGGUCCGCCUGGUCCAUGGAAGUGGAGCGACGGGCCUACAGCUCGUGCAGUCAUAUUCAGACUCAGAUGAGGACAGCGAUGGGGCCUGGGAUGGGCGGCUAGGACAUCGAUAUGACCCUCCAGUGGAUGCCCAACCAGACACACAGGAAGUUGACCACAGUGAGAUCCGCACACAGAUCCUGCUUGCCACUGCUUCCUCAUGCUUAAAGGGAAGACACAGUUUCACACAAAUGCUGGCAGAGCGGGAACAGGGACGGUGUCUGGGGUCAAGUUUCUCUCAUGGAGAGUGCAGUCGAAUCCGGUCACAUUUCCUGCCUAAUCAUGUGGUAUACAAGGACACUUACCAGCAAAAAGUCUUUUGUGGAGUCUACAGUGAUGAGGGAAACAUGUUCUUGACAGCAUGCCAAGAUCAGAAUAUCAGGUUAUAUGACACUAGUAGGGGCCGUUUUACUCUAAAGAAGACGGUGAAGGCCAGAGAUGUGGGCUGGAGCAUUCUGGAUGUGUGUUUCACCCCUGAUGCACGUUGUGUGCUGUACUCCAGUUGGUCUGACUACAUCCAUGUGUGCAGUGUAGAUGGGGACAAUGAAACACACACCGCUCUGGACCUCAAUCCUGAUGAAAGGAGGUUCUGUGUUUUUUCUCUAGCAGCAUCCACAGAUGGAAAAGAAAUUUUAGGCGGUGCAAACGAUGGCUGUCUGUAUGUGUUUGAUCGUGAACAAAACAAGAGAACACUAAAGAUCGACGCUCAUGACGAUGAUGUGAAUGCCGUAGCGUUUGCAGACAAUUCAUCACAGCUGCUGUUCUCAGGCAGUGAUGAUGCUCUGUGCAAGGUAUGGGACAGACGUACCCUCAGAGAAGACCGACCACAGCCUGUGGGUCAACUGGCCGGACACAGAGACGGAAUCACCUUCAUACACAGCAAGGGCGACGCUCGGUACUUGAUCAGCAACUCCAAAGAUCAGACCAUUAAGUUGUGGGACGUGAGGAAGUUUUCAUCUAAAGAGGGGCUCACAGCCUCACGGCAAGCUGUCACACAACAGAACUGGGACUACCGCUGGCAGCAGGUUCCCCAGAGAGCAAUAAAGAAGCAUAAGCUGACUGGUGACACCUCUGUGAUGACCUACAGAGGACACGGGGUUCUGCACACGCUCAUUCGCUGCCGCUUUUCGCCUGAAUUCAGCACUGGACAGAAGUUAAUUUACACAGGCUGUUCAACAGGCAAAAUCGUCAUCUACGAUGUGUUGACGGGAAGCAUUGUGUCCAAAUUGUCCAAUCAUGACGCAUGUGUGAGGGACGUCAGCUGGCACCCGUAUCACAACAACAUGGUCAGCAGCUCUUGGGAUGGUGCCAUACGUCGGUGGGAACACACGCAGAACCCCCUUCUGGACAGCGACAGAGAGAGGAUGAACGUGGAUAUGCUGGAGAUGGAAACCAAAUGCUGUUGACGAUGUCAGAGGAAGAUGGUGACAUCGUAGUAGGAAUAGGAUGGAGCAGGAAUAAAGAGAAACAGAAAAAAUCAGAAAAGAACACAUUUUGUAAAAUCGAAUUGAUGUAGCGUUAGGCAGGGUCUUCAGGUUUUUUAUUUCACAUUAUAGGCACAAAAAGAUGAUACACACAUGUUUAAGCUAAAAGGAUCCUUGACAUUUACGCCUCUCUUUCAGCUCAGAGAUUUAAGCGCAGGUUUAAGCUUAAGUGAGUGAGUUUCACCAAUAUAAAGAACGCCGAUUUCAGACGGGCACAGCACAACUGCUUAGCUUGAAAAAUGACUGUAUGGUAACUGCUUUACCCAAAAAAAGCAAUACCUGGAUAAUGGACAUGUCUCUAAAAGUGCAAAGAAUUCUGGGAAUAAUUCUAAAUAUUGUAAGAUAUUUUAUUGCUAUUAAUGUUCAGGAUUUGAUUUUGUAGUACAAUGUAAAAUGAUAUUUUCUGUCAAAACUGAAUGCGUGUUUAAUGUGCGUGUGUGGAGACAGUAGUGGGUUUACGGGGUACGGGAGGGAGAUUCUUUAUGCGUAUGUGUGUGAGCAUGUGUGCAGAUAUGUUUCUGUUGAAACAAAGGAUUGAUUUGUGUGUGAUUUAAGUGCAUUUCAGAUUAAUUGGAACACUCACAAAAUGUUUUUACACGAAUAAUUAAACUCACGUGCACAACUUUG